AAUAAACAUAUGUAAAUAACUUUGUUCCAUAUUUCAUACUAUCGAAAACAAAUGAGCCCGUGGAUGUGUUCGCGGUGUUAUUUUAACAAAACUUUUAUCACAGUUCUACCAAUCAUAACUGUCAUUUCUUUAUUCCCUUUUGCCAAGGUUAUUGUGAUUGGUUGGUGGGAGGGUCAAGGCUUGCAUCAGUUGUGGUAACACUGGUUCACCUCACAACACAGAUGACCACCAGACGCGUCAACAGUAGCCUCUGAUGCCUCACCAGUAUGGGGAAGGACAAGACUGCUCAGCGAACUAAAGGCAACAAAAAGCCCUCCAGUAGUGGAAGAACAGCUGAACUACUAGGUGGGGUUUCAGGCUUUGUUGGAUUCAGUGCCUUGCAAGACUUGGGCUAUGUGCCGGCAGCAACACAAGCUGAUGACAGCACAAUAUCUGCUGAAUUUAGAGUUACGUUGCGAAAGAUGACGAAAAAGGAUUCCACAACAAAAAUUAAGGCAUUACAAGAAUUUGAAGUAUUGUGUCAGAAUGAAGAUCAAGAAUCCAUUUUAUCUGCACUUCCUUUUUGGCCACGGCUGUACACCAAGUUAUCAAUAGAUGUCGAGAGGAGGGUACGAGAAGCAACACAGGUAGCACAUGGUGCUUUGGUGACUCAAGUAGGGAAGCAGUUAGCUCCACACCUCAAGUCCAUCAUGCCAUCAUGGAUGUUAGCCAUGGCGGAUCCUUAUCCUCCUGCCGCCACUGCUGCAACAAAAGCUUUCCAGACUGCAUUUUCUGAAGAGAAAAGAGCUGAGGUAAUGAUCUUCUGCUGUAAGGAGAUAAUGGACUUCAUUACUGAUAACCUGUUCAAGCAGACUCCUCAGACACUUUCAGACCCAAAAGUGACCGACCCCGAGGACAUGAAGAACAAGUUCAUCCGUGUACUAGCCUGCUCCCUCAAUGCCGUGAGUCUGCUCUUGACAUCCACUGCUGGAAAUUCAGAGAAGCAGGACCAAAUAAUGACUAUGGUGAUGCCCCUUGUACAGAACCCAUCAUUCUGGAAAAUACCAAAGACUAAACAUCCUUUGGUUCGGAGUGCGUGGUUCUCAACGAUAAAGGACAUGUUUGAGUAUGACCCUCAGUUGUUAGGUAAUUCAGCAGAAGAUCUUAAUGCUACAAUUCUUCCAGCAUUAGAUGACCAGGAUGGCUCUGUGCUAUCUCACAUAUGGAUUGCUUUUCUUCAUCUUUGUGUUGCUCACCCAGGAUUCUGGGGAGACAAAAACAACAAGUCAGUUUUGAAGCGAAUGUAUUCAGUGAUGCGGGAAGGAGCCCGAGGCAGUGCAGGGGAACUAUACCCACAGUUGCUUCCUAUCAUCAGCAUUAUCCCUGAAGAAGCUAUCGAUGAUAAAUGCACAUUCUAUACUGAUUUCUUCAGAGCUAUGACAACUGGAUUGCUGAAAGAGAAAAUUCUGUCAAGCAGUAGAGACGUAUCUUCUAUUAUAAAGUCAUUGUAUGAGUGUCUUUGUUAUGUGAGCAAGAAAGUUAAUGAUACACAACUGUGGGAUACUCUUAUGAAAUACCAGGUGGUUGAACUUCUGAGGUCUUCCUUCACUGACACACCUCAGUUAAGCACCUCGAACCUUUACAGAGAAGUUGCUGGACUUUUACGCUUUUUCUCUGGGAAAUCUCAAACAGGAGAAAAGUUGAAGUUUUUGAAUGAACUUUUUACCCUUUUCUGGAAAAAAAUCAUCCCUGAAUGUGAGAACCUGAUCCAGCAAGGAAGUGAGUCAGUACACUCUAAAAUGAUCACCUUCUUCUAUGUCCUGAAGAACCCACAGUCAACAUUCAGCCACAGAAGAGAGGGAAUAAAGUUUUCUGAUGAAGUUGACAUAAAGGUUCUAUCUGCAGAUGAGAAGUCCACUGAACAAUAUGAGAAAGAGAUAAUUUUCUUAGAAACUACUGGAGUAACAAUUACACCACUGAUAUUCUUUUGUUACAGUAAAUAUUUACAGGAAAAGAGUUUGGCAAUAUAUAAUAUAUUUUCAGCUCUCUUGUCCUCCUUUCCAUCACCUAGUACUUACACUGCCCUCGUACAUGGCUUAGGAGAAGAGAAACCUGUUGAUGCAAGAGAGUUGCUUGAGCAGGUUAUUCUCCCCAAGAUGGAAGAAGAAAACUCUUUUAUAUCUCAACCAACAGUCAACAUUUUCAUGAGUUUAUACGUGUUGCUGGACCAGGCAGAACAAAAACUGGUGCUGAUGAAUUUCAAGCCAUGUCUGUCAGUAUGUGCGUUACGCCUGCUGGUGGAGAAGAUGACAGACCGUAGAGAGAGUGAUGAAGUGGCUGCAGAAUGGUUACUAUCGCCACAGUUGGGCGGCCGUCUUGUUCAGCUGGUAGAUGGACUUUGUGGUCCUGCCAAGGUCUUACCCUCAACUCAACAUUUGAAACAGCAAGAGGAACUCAUUUCUCUGUUCAACUUCGUCCUCAGAAAUGGAAAUAAAAAAGAACCUGUGAUUGCCAUGGAAUACAUUUCACAAAUUCUCACCAAACUUAGUAUUAACUUGAAAGUUAGUGGUCCUGGAGAGAGUGAACCAGAAGACCCAAUGGUACAGCUGGUAGCUAACUUGGCCGGACAACUGUUCAGUAGCUAUGUGUGUUGGCAGACAAGAGGCAUCCAUGAAUUUAUGAAUUCCUUGUUUUUGUUACUUUGUCAGUCCUCAAAGUCCUUGUCCGUGGUUACAGUUGACUUACUCAAGACAACAUUCCUGAAGGCUUUUAAAGGAUUGAUUGCAUCAGUAGCAACAGAUAACCCAGACAAGCUGUUGGAAGAGGGAAGUUGCCUUAGUUCUACAUUAAAAGACAUUAAACAAACUGUGAUAGCAGCCACCUCCACCUUCCACUUAACAAUGGCCAUGGCUGAGCUUACUCAUCAUCUCUUGAUGAUGGUGUUCAAGCAGGUGCCAAAAGAAGACUGCAGUAUCAUGCUUGAUCAUAGCCAAAUACAAGCCAUGUUAAACUUGCUUUUACCCACUGAAGGAGAAUGGGCAGAGUUAGAAGCAAAGCUCUCUCCCAUGUAUGUGGUUUCAGAUAUCCUUCUGGAUAUCAUAUCAUGCAGUGAAUUUCCAUUCCCAAAAAGCAUGCAUGAAAACCUAAAAUGGGAACAUACACAUACACAGAUGUCUAUGUUCAUCUGUGAUUUGCUGUUAUUCUUGAGUGGAUCGGGAGAUGAAGAUGUGAGUAGUAUGAAGGAGGAGCAAGUGUCCCUUGGUCAGUACACUCACCUUGUGGGCUCAGCACUUCACUCUGCCUGCCAUGCCACAGCUGUGCAAGAACUGAAUGAACAUCUCCAGAACAAAACUGUCUCAGAGGACAUAAAAACAGGUACAGAAAAGUUAAAUGAGGACAUGAGGUGCUUGUUAAAAUUGCUGAAUCAGGGAAACAAGAGACUUGUCACAAAGCAAAUCAGAGACAGAUGUAGUGAUGGUAGCAGUUUUUGGUGUGUGACGUUCAUCAAUGUGCUGAACAAUUGGAUGUACGAUGAGGACAUCAACGGUCCGCGGCUGAUGGAUGGCUUAGAAGAAAACUCUCUCGGGUACACCGCCACCAAACAGUGUCUGCUACCCUUGUUGCCUCAAGAAACUAAAGUGGACCUCUUGGCUGAGGAAAUGGGUAAAUUAUCCAGUUACUCUGAAGACCCAUUUUCUGCCACCCCAAGUGUGGCUAUUAUCACAACAGCUUUGUCUUAUGUCCCUUCAUCCGUCACCAAUGAUGUUGUGUGUUCCAUCUUCUCAGUGUUGACACAGUGGAGAGAAAAUGCUGACAACAUAUUCCUAUUUGCCACAGAUGUUACCAACAUGGGCUGGGAGGAUAUUGUGCUGACAUGUUCCUUGGUGCGGUUGGUGUCGGCGUUGGUUAAGAGUCAUGCAGUACACUUUGAUCCAUCUCACUGGGAUUUUAUUUUGUGCUCACUUUCAUCUUGGGUACAGAGUCUUGAAGAAUCUAAAAAGAGUAUUGCCAACGAGACCGUGGCUGGAACAUUUGCAUGUGCAGUUUGCAAAUGUGUUUUUUGUGUCGGUGAGCUUAUGGAGGUAUUGAAAUGCAAUCCCAAGGAACGGGAAAAAUAUCCCCCCAAGCUGUUAGAAGACUGGAUGGAAUUUUUCUCACCUUCUAUGUACAACUCGCUCAUUCCUCUCUUUGUGGAAGUUGCAGCAUCUUACAGAAGAAAUCCAUCCGUCAUCCUGUAUGGGGUGUGUCGUGCAGUUUGUUUUGGUGUGUGUUAUGCAAGCUCAGAUGACUUAGCCAACCACUCUCUCCCUCCCAUCUACAAUGCUACACUUGCAGAAGAAGAAAUGAAGCUGCCAGAUUCUGAACAGAUACUGCUGAAUCACCUGACCCCACUACUGAUGUCAUCACACGCUGCACCACAAUGUACAGCUUAUAUGUUACUGAGUGCUGCCCUGCCAAAAGUCAUGGCCCAGUGGGAGAUGAACCAAAUUGCAAUAAAUGAAGAAGAGGACACUCCACAAAGGCCACUACCAUACUCCAUGAUCAACAUCAUCAAAGAUUGUAGCAAAAUUGUGGAACAAACGUUGGCAGACACAGAAAUGGGUGAUGGUUUUGUGGUACAGCCUGACACCAAGAGUUCAACCUACAUCGCAGGUUACUUACUGGCCUGGAAGUUAACUGUAACCGCCAUCACUUACGCUUCAGACGCCAACCAGCACCAGUACUCGGCCUAUCUUCAGCAGACUAACUUACUCCAAAGUCUUCUACAAAAUCUCUUCAAGCUGAUGCCUCCACAUCCUGUGAUUGAUCACGAAGAUGAUAUAAUGAAUUUGGAGCUGCCUCCAGAUUUUACCUGUAAGACACCAUUAACUAAAUUCAACAGUCGCCUCUACAUCACUCCCUUUGCAAAUGUUACAUCUAGGAUGGUGGCCCAUCUAGCGUGUAAGGUGUAUUAUGAUUGUGUCAGCCGCAUCCCAGCCGCAGUCAGACAAUGGUUUAUAAGUCUGGAUCGUCAACGUCAGCCCAUUGUUGAUGCUUUUACCACUACCUAUGUGUCUCCUAUACUAAUUAAUCAAGAAAUGUCGGCUAUAAACAAAUCAUCUGUGAAGUUUGAUAACAUGACUGUGAAAGGUCGACCAGUAGGGAGGGAAGUGGUGGCCACAUAUACCAUAGAUGAAGCUACCAUGGAGCUGAUUCUCCGUGUAGCCCCAAAUCACCCACUUUCCACAGUCACUGUGGAAGACCAUCAUAGGAUUGGAGUUUCACUUGCUCAGUGGCGAAACUGGCUUCUUGGGAUGAACACAAUGCUGUCAUACCGCAACACACCCUUGUUACAGUCAUUAGUGUUUUGGAAGGAAAAUGUUGACCAGAAGUUUGAAGGCAUUGAGGAAUGCUACAUUUGUUACUACGUCCUGCAUGGGACAAACCACCAGCUGCCAAAACUUCUCUGCCGGACAUGCAAGAAGAAAUUCCACUCGGCUUGUUUGUACAAAUGGUUCAACAGCAGCAACAACUCAACCUGUCCUCUCUGCAGAAGUCUCUUUUAAAGCAACCAUCCAUGGAAGUGUUUACAAAUGUACAGGACUCCUCUACCUUGUGACCGUAGCAUAGAAGAGAAGGGAAAUGGAAUAUUUUUUUUUUCCAAAUUGUAUAUACGGUACACUUAAAAUCUCAGACAUGCAGAAGCAUUUAUUAUGAUAAAUCACUACAAAAUGAAUUUAUAUAGAAUGUUUUUCUCUCUCCAACUGAAAACAGAGUAUAACUAGACAAUGGACAUCCAGCUAGUACAACUAUCUGUUUUGAAGCAGACAUUAUACUUCCUACUAAAGUCAAGUCUCCAUAUCAGUGUUCACAACAUUGUAUGGAGUGUUAUGCAGAUACAAUAGAACCUGUUUAUAGUACACCGGAUUUAGCUUUUUUCGGACUCUCUUGAGGUGCUCCUCUAUUCACCAAAAAUAUUUGUAAACGUCCGGAAAAUCCAGCAUCAUUCCGGACCAGUUUGUGUACUCAUACAUGUGGCUGAAUGUCUGUGCUUGGCUGUCGCACUGCAUUUGCCUCAUUCCAAGUCCUGCUUUCAUAUGACUCGUGUCAGUGUGUCGCACCUCGCUGCCUACACUCAUUUACAUGAACUUUUUAUAUAUAGUAUAUGUAGUAUCUUUAACAGGGAUACUUGAGGGUUUUAAGAAAUGGGUUAAAAUAAUGUAAAAUACUGUACAUAUUUUAAUAAAUAUAUAAAAUUAAAAAAAUUAAAACUCUUUUGAAAAGAAUAACACUUGCUCACUAAAUAUUGUACAGUGGUCUAAUCAGAUUUGCUGUAGGUAUUACAAAAGGUAAGACACUGUGUAUGUAAGCAGGCUGGGGUUUGUGAAGGAGAGGUGGCUGAACGGGCAUUGCUGCAUUCGUCAGGUUUAUUUAUUGAUUCAGUAUUAUAUGCUUGUAUGAUCAACCUCUUUUGGUGUAUGGUUCAUCGUGUGUAAUAUAAUCUCUUCAAUAAUUGAGGAAAAAAUACAAUAUAUGUAAUUUAUAAGUUGACUUGAAAAUAAAAGGAUAAGCUGUGUCGGAAGGUAUUCACUCAGGAUGCGUUAAUGUGAGAGCUUUCAGCAAAUUAGCUUACAACAGGGUCACUAUGACAUACUGUACUGUAAAGUAUUUGCUAUGGAGUUACUUUCCUAACAAUGCUAUUUACUACCUUUGAGUGAUACAUGUUGGCUCAAUUUGGCUACUUGUACAACUUAGACAACUGAUUAAUGAAUAUACCAGGGUAUAUGCAGAUGCAUAAUACACUACAUUUUUAUUAAGUGCUGAUAAAUAUACAAUAAUAGUAUUUAUUAAGUGGUGAUAAAUACACUACAGUACUUACUAAGUGCUAAAGACACAUGUUGUGGUAAGCAUGAGUGGUGAGAGGGAGCUAGGCCGAGCAGCUGUUUGCCCUUUGUAAACAAUUGGGUCAUGGUUUUGAGUAUGGUAUUCUUUUUUCAGGAAAGGUGAUUAUUUUAUGGUAAUAUUUUAUCAACCUGACACCAAAUGAAAUUGCAGUAAGUUAUGUUAAAGGGAUCUUGGUAGAGAGGGGUCGCCUGCUGCUCUCAUCUCCCACAUACAGUAUACCCCUACACUCUUAUUAUUUUUCUUAUUUUAAUCUUUUUAUCUUUGUAGUACUGUACUGUACAGUACAGUACUACAAUUUUUUCUUUAUUCAUAAGUAAAAUUCUGUGUUUACUUACAUAUAACACUUUACAGUUUGUAAACCUUGUUAUGUACUUAAAGACUUUGGUUGUUGAAGCACAGUAAUAACAUUUUAUAACACCAACUGAUUUUCUUUAAACAGUCCAGACAACCAUUGUUUUUGCCACCCCCCUCCCCCCAUAUAUUUGGAAUUUCACAUUUUCCAGACUGGGGUCUGUCCCAAUUUGUCCGGUGUACAGUAUCGAGGUACUACUGUAUUUUGACAAGACUCCAAAUGGGUUUAUACAGUGUGAUCACCAAACAAAGUAAACUCCAAUAUCAGAUAACUAUAUCCAAGUCAUGUCUGAUGAUUAAACAUUAAGGUACAGUAUUGUGAACUCUUGUAUUACUGCAGUUAUUGUUAUAUGAGUUUGUAUAAAUACAGUGUAAAGUGUAGAACAUCAAACCUGAGUCACUAUCAUACAGGUCAAGGUAACAAAAACUUGUUUAAAUGAUAACUUUGGUGUGUUAAUGAAGAUAUAUUUUGUUAAAACUUAUAAUGAAUUUGUAUUUUGUACAAUAUUAUCUAGACUAAGUCAAAAUGAGUUCCUCAGUUGAGAUGGCCUGUUUGAGGCAUUCCAGUUACAGCAAAUAGAAUAAUAAGCCAGCUUAUUAGUAAAGCUCUAUUAUAAAUCAUUUAUAAAUCAUUAAGCAUUUUAGUGUACAGUUGAUGCUGUAUAUGGGCAGUAAUAAGGUAUAUGGAAGAUCUCACUGAUGGCCAGAAACUUGACAUGUUUUAAUACUAUAUUUUUGGUAAUUCUGAAUUUUCAUGAACCCUUAGGAUACAACAACCUUGUGUAGAAUUGGAGGUCAACUGUGGAGUUUUCUUCACAUUGCUACUAAUAUAAUCCCAAAUAAAACUCAUUUAAGGUU